CAUUCAGUUCUACUAGGAAGUGUCUAUAAGUACAACAGUUAAACACUUGAAAUCAUAAACCAGUCACAACUCGCAUCACACAUUUAACAUAACAAAUCACUUUAGUCAUUUAACUUUGUCAAGCUAAAUAUCUACUAUUAUGGCUUCAAUGACUAGUGUUGCGCCAGUAGAGUACAAGAACUCGCCAACUAGUGCUCCCCCUGCCACCAGCCGGCAGGCCGCGAUGGCGGAGGUGGCUUUGAGGGUGUUAUUGUUUGUUGCGUCGUUGACAGCUGUGGUACUGAUGGUCACAAGCAAACAAACGGAGUUGAUUCCGUUUCCACCCGUCGGAUUGGUGUCUAACACUUCAAGAUUCACUGAUACACCGGCCUUUGUAUACUUUGUAGCAGCACUCUCCACAGCCGGUCUGUACAGCAUCAUAACAACCUUGCUCAGCAUCUCCGCACUGUCAAGGCCAGGCUACACCAAAAUUUUGGCUUUAUAUAUUGUUGCCAUGGAUGUGGUGAUGCUGGCAAUUGUAGCAGCAGCAUUAGGAACUGCCGCAGGGGUUGCUUACGUGGGGAUUCAAGGAAAUUCUCAUACCCGUUGGACUAAGAUCUGCAAUAUAUAUGAUACAUUCUGUCAACAAGCAGCAGGCGCCAUUAUAGUUUCUUCGUUUGCUGCCACACUUCUCAUAUUGUUGAUCUUGCACUCUGUUUUCACCAUGUAUCGCAAAAUUCCCAAGUACUAGAGUAUGAGCUGACCACCGUUUGUGCUAAUGUGGAUGUGUACGUAUUGAAUAAAUUUACACAAACGAGCAUUGUCAAAAGUCUUUAUGAAUAUACACCAGUGCAUUUUCUUUU